AUGAAGCCAGGAAAUCAACCUAGCCGAAUUCUGGCUAGCCCGCUGAACCCGGACCUCCAGCGUGCGCAGACUCCGGAUCCCGAGCCAGCUCUCCAUAUUCCCCAUCACACUGCCAAGCGCGAUUCUAUCCUCAAACAACUGUUUCGUCCAAUCGGCUCGCUUGGUAGCAAGCACGCCACACAGCAUAUCGCUAUGUCCACCGAAAUACUUCGAUCCGGAAUGCAUGACGAUAUCCGCGCCCCAGAGGAACGGAUCCUGCAAACCAGGCGGUGCAAACGUACUAUCGACAAUGAGGAAUGCGCCGCGGGAAUGGGCUUUGCGCGCGUGUUCCUCGAUGCUGAACGCCGUGCCCAGCGGGUUGACGGGCGUCUCUAG